ACUGCUCAUUCGUACGGGAAAUCUCGUGAAAAUCGGACGUGUUUGGCGCUCUUUCUCGCAACCGAAUAGAAACUCGCAAGCUUGCUGGUCGCGAAUACGCUCGCUUGGCGCUUGGUGGAAAGUUUCCAGUUCUGCAGUGGAAACCCUCGUUGUUGAUAAACUUUUAACCUACACGUGGCUUUGUAAGCGAACUGGUUAGUGUUACCACCUGACAAAGUUAGUUAUACAAUCCUGAGCAAAUACAGUUUAACGUUCUAAAGUAGAAGUGCAAUUUCCACGAAACGUUGCCCGUUCCUGUACGAGAGAUAAUCGACAAUGGAUAACUUCAAGAAAAAGACAAGUGGGCGACCCGAUCUGGAAUAUACGCCUAUUCGGCCGCAGUGGACGGGCUCCAGCAAAUCGGACGUGAGCAAUUACAUUUUCGGCAACAUGAAAGCCAGUCUCACGGAUGUCCCGACGCAAACGGCGGCUGGUUCGACCCUACCGCUGGUAGGAAUGCCACGGGAUGACGAAGAAGCUGCCUGCUACAAUCCGUUCGAGCACCGGAAAUUAACCCAUCCCACUUCCGACGUGGACACUCUGAUUCAUUUGCUCAAAGGUUCUCUCGGUUCGGGAAUUUUAGCGAUGCCGCUGGCAUUCCUAAAUGCCGGCCUAUGGUUUGGAUUGGCAGCAACCCUAACUAUCGGUGCCAUCUGUACCUACUGUAUUCAUAUUCUAGUGAAGUGUUCGCACCUGCUGUGCAGGAGAGCUCAGAUCCCAUCGUUGGGCUUUGCUGACGUGGCGGAAACCGCAUUUCUGGCCGGUCCGGAAGGAAUCAAAAAGUAUUCACGGUUAGCGAGGUUCAUCAUCAAUCUUUUCCUGGUACUGGAUCUGAUGGGAUGCUGCUGUAUCUACCUCGUCUUCGUUGCAACCAACGUCAAGCAGGUGGUAGAUUAUUACACCAACAGCCACCUGGACGUGCGGUACUACAUUCUGUUGACGCUAUUUCCAGUCAUAUUGAUUAAUUUGAUCAGAAAACUCAAGUAUCUGACACCAUUCUCGAUGAUUGCCAAUAUUCUAAUUGGAGCGGGUGUCGGAAUAACGUUGUACUAUAUUACCCAAGAUCUGCCCUCAUUUUCAGACAGAAAGGCCAUCGCCGAAAUUCAUCACAUGCCAAUGUUCUUUGGUACGGUGAUCUUUGCUCUAGAAGGUAUCGGUGUAGUAAUGUCGCUGGAGAACAACAUGAAGACUCCGCAGCACUUUAUUGGCUGCCCUGGAGUGUUGAACACCGGUAUGUGUGUCGUGGUACUAUUGUACGCAUCCGUUGGAUUUCUGGGCUACUUGAAGUAUGGCGAAGGAACUCAUGGUAGCAUCACGUUGAAUCUUCCCGUGGAAGACGUCUUAGCACAGGCCGUCAAGAUUAUGAUUGCUGUGGCAAUAUUUUUAACCUACACGUUGCAGUUCUAUGUACCAAUGGAGAUCAUUUGGAAGAAUGUACAGCACAACUUUAAUGAGCACAAAAAUGCUGCCGAAUAUGCUAUCCGGAUCGGGCUUGUGACUCUCACCGUCAUCAUCGCGGCCGCCUUGCCAAACAUUGGCCCGUUCGUGACGCUGAUCGGUGCCGUGUGUCUCAGCACCCUGGGUUUGAUGUUCCCGGCCGUCAUCGAGCUGGUCACCUACUACGAGAAACCCGGCUACGGUCGAUUCAACUGGAUGCUCUGGAAGAACAUCGGUCUAAUCAUGUUCGGCAUUGUCGGUUUCAUCACCGGAACGUACGUCAGCAUCGAAGAGUUCUCCCAGCAUCUGGAAGAAGUAUAAGCAAGACUUGCCCCCUCGCUGAAGCAUUGGGCACACUUCCGACUUAAGUAUACCCAAAAAAAAAUUAAGAAAUGUUAAGAAAUCUAUGUAGUUCGCGCUACGCGACACCGUGAACGCAGUCGGAAGUGUGUGCAUUGGAUCGGAAGUGCACGUGAUGGUGUCCCGAAUCUCCGCCCAGCAGUCCCAGGUAUCGGUAGCAGCACCAAGCGAGACUGGUUUCCGGUCGUUACCCUGACGACCGGUUAAGGCUACAAUUUAGCCAAACACACCGCGUCGCGUCGGAGUUCGGGGGUAUCAAAACAGCACGUGUCACUUUCUGCCCUGUAAAUUUUCCGCCAUCGGAAUACAGUUAUCGUAGAUUUAGCUGAGAAGUGAAAUUUUAAAUAUAUCAACAAAAACAUUUCGAAUCUGAUUCGGAUCAACUCGACAUACAUGUUUCUAAUGUUCCCAAAUACAACGAUUUUGUUUAAUGCCUUGUAAAGGAAUUUCAUUAGAGAUAGUGACUUUUUUGUUAAUAGAGUAUUAGACAGCAGAACGAAACCUAUGUGAUUAUAAAAUUGUUUCUAUUUGUUUAACGUAGAAGUUGUUGACGAUAAGAAUCGUUUUAAGAUUACGUAAAAGAGAACAGCAUUAUGAACCAAAUAUUUUUCUCGAAAAGACAGAAAGAAAAUGAUCAAGUUUCCUAUGUAUUCAGAAUUACUUUUUAAUAAAGUUAACAGCCUGAUGGCAGCAAUUAUGUUCCAGUUCAAUAAAUGCUUGACCUGUAAUUUAAACCUUCAAAGUAUAAAUAAGAACUAACUUAAACAAACAUGUUGAAAACAAUAGUGAAAUUAGAAAUAAAAUGUUACAACAUUGUCUUCCAGUUGUCAUUGAAAAUAUUUCUCUUAACCAAGGUUACAAGUUGAUUCAUUAAAACUUGACUCUAAAGUAGCGGAAGUGUUGCUCAUAUCUUAUUCUAUACACAUUUAAAAAUCGCGUACAUUGAGACUUAACUCGCCAGCUAUUUGUCAAUUGCUGCUAUAGAACGUCACAGGCACAUAAAUGGUAACAUAUAGUAAAUUAUUUUUAUUACAAAUAAACGGCUGAACAUGCAAACAGA